CCCCAUGGCCCCAUGGCUCGAUGCUCCGGGGCUUUCCUCCGCGCUCUGCUAACCGCUGGUGUCGUAGCAGCUCAGCGCUGGUGCGGCAGCGCUGGUUGCCGGUGAAUGACGUUCCAUCCACGCCUUGCGCAAGUCCACGCAAGGGAUGGCUGGAGAUCCAACGACAGCGUGGUCACCUUGGCGACCCUGUGGAUGCCCAAGGCUGUUCGGCUUUGGUCCGGACUCUCCGCAAAGCCUUGAAGCCUGGUUACCUGACGCGUGGCAAGACCCCGACGACCUUUUGGUGGAAGGCAGCCUAUCGGGCCGGUCAACUUGCUAACUUCCUGAGACCCGAGGAGACUUGUGAGAUCUUGACGGCCCUUGCGGAUGCGAAACUACCCUGGAAACAGGACAGCAAAGCCACUCAAGGCCUUCAACUCUUCGCCGCGCAUGCCGCCGAAGAAAUCGGCUCCUUUAGCGCGCUGCAGAUGGGGCAGAUUCUGGAGGCCUUCGCUCGGUUACAGUACCAGCAUGAGGAGCUACUGCAUGCAGUGACACGCAGCGUGUCUCUGACCGUCUCCUCGGAUAGUGGGCGCUUCAGCAACGACGCCGCGGUGAAGCUGUUGUGCGCCUUUCAGACCCUGGCCGUGGCGGAUCCCCCGAUGCUGCGCUCGUUGUCCAGGCUCUUCAUGCGUCGCAUCGUGCGCGAGCCGCUGAGCCCGCAGCAGACUGCGCAGGUGGCGAUUGCCUUCAGUGGGCUGCAGGUGCGGGACGUGGGACUCUUUAAUGCAACGACCCUGGGUCUAUGCAGGCCUCAGGCGGUGGAGGCUCUGUCCUGGGCGGAACUGGCAGAGGUGGCGCUGGCCUAUGCCUCGCUGCGGCUCUACUCGCAGUCCCUCUUUGGCAAGAUUCGCCACCGCCUGGCUGGCAGCUCAUCUCUGAUCCCGUAUGAAGACUUUGAGCAACCACCCCCCGAGAGGGGGGACCAACUGCUGCGCCUGCCGACAGUGGAAGAUGUGUGGCAGAGCCUGGAAGCACAGGAGCCCUUGGCACCACCCAUGCCGUUGCCGCCCAAAGUGGUGGCGCAAUUCCUGGAAGCCCAGCUACACCUGGGCCAAGUUGCUCUUGACGAGGCAGACCCGUUGUUGCCGCACCUGGCGCACAGUGCGGGGCCCAGCGGACGACCCAGCGUGCAGCUCUCGCAGCUUCUCCUCAUCUUUUUGGCGAGGGGCCACCAUGCCCUGCCAUACCUCUGGCGCCGCGCCGUUGCCGGUGCCAUGCCGUGGCCGGAGCCCGAGAACGGCAACAGCAACGCGCGAAACCGGCCUGGGGAGGCGCUGGGGCCCAUGGUUGAGGCCUUUACGACCCAUUUGGAACUCUUGCGGCCUUUGGUAUCCGAUGAGAACUGUCCAAAUCCUCCACUGCUGCUGUCGCAUUUGCGCGUCAUCUGUGGUGGCGUGGUGCGAUGCUGGCAGCUGCUCAGCCAACGUGCGGUGGGUCUCACGUCGUCCCAGCUACAUCAGGUGGCUGUGAUGGUUCCCAAGCUCUUCCGAAGCCAAGGUGCUUUGGAAUUUCCACGGCAGCAGCUAUUCCUAGGGCCUGCCCACAGCGAUUUGCAAAAUGCCAUGGAAUACGCAGCAGUACAAGCCCUGCGGCGCAUUCAUGGUGAGAUGAUGCUGCGACAAGAUGAAUCUGAUGAUGCCAACGGAGUGUCUUCGCUGGCUGAGAUCAGAAGGUUGUUGGAAGGCCAUGGCGUUGAAGCAGCUUGGGUACUGGAGGACGUGCGAACUUUGAAGGAAGAUUCUAUCGCGAACUGAGACGCAAAA